AUGGUGGGAGAGGGUUUCGAUGUGAAGUGCGCCGGCGACCUCAUGGGCAAGGAGCUGGAGGCCUUCGCCAAGGUCCUGGACGGCCCGGCGAAGCCAGUGCUGGCCAUCCUUGGUGGGGCAAAGGUCAGCGACAAGAUCCAGCUCAUCAUGAACAUGUUGGACAAGGUGAACAAGAUGAUCAUCGGCGGUGGCAUGGCCUACACCUUCCUGAAGAUCAAGGACAGCAUGGCGAUUGGAACCUCGCUCUACGAUGAGGAAGGGGCCAAGAUCGUUCCUGAGAUCCUGGCCAAGGCGGAGAAGCUCGGCGUGGAGAUCAUCCUCCCUGUCGAUUUCACCUGCUCCUCGAAAUUCGGCGAGGAUGGCGAGAUCAAGGAAGGUGUGACCAAGGAUACUGGCAUCCCGGAUGGCUUCAUGGGCUUGGAUUGCGGCCCCAAGUCGAUCGAGCUGAAUGCCAAGGCCGUGGCGGAGUCCAAGACCAUCAUCUGGAACGGCCCCAUGGGCGUCUUCGAGAUGUCGAAGUUCGAGAUCGGCACCCCGACCGAAACGCUCCUAAUCGAGCGGUCCAUGAUGGCCCGGCGGUACGAGCCUGACCGCUUCUUUGAUGGCAUCAUCAUUACCAUCAUCAUCAUCAUCAUCAUCAUCAUCAUCCUGAGACAUCCUAGAUCCCCGAGUCCACCCUCAACAGGCUUGCUUCUCAGUGAAACGUCUGGGAGAACCACACUGGCCUCAUUUCUUUCAGCGCGUGCUGCGCAAUGUACGAAGGCACAAUGUCAAAAUUUGGCAUCCUUGGCCAAAGCACCCCACAUCUUGGGGGUCUUGCCAAGGUGA